AUGGAAGAGAUUCCACCCCGAGACUAUUAUGAUCCACUGCCAGAGGGUCAAAUCCGCUUGGUUGAGUUGCGCCCUUCAGCCGGGGUUCCUGAUCCUCUAGUCGCAGAUCUACAGGUGGUAGAAUUCGAUGAGACAGGUCAGAAUCACCCCCAAUAUAUUGCCUUAUCCUACGGCCAUGAAUACCAGCAGCUCUCGAGACCACUCAUACUGAACGGAGCCCCUACACAAAUCACAGUCAAUCUCGAUCUUGCGCUGCGGACACUGCGCUCAAAAAAAUAUGUCGUCACCAUCUGGGUAGAUGCUUUAUGUAUCAAUGCUCGCGACGCUGCUGAAAAGAGUAGGUACAUCAGUCUCCGAACCCAAAUAUUCCGAUAUGCUACACGUGUAGAAGUCCACCUGGGUGAGACGACAAUCAAUGAAGGGGUAUUCUCCAGGCGUUUAGAAAUGCUUUGGGAUUCAACAUCCUUCGUGUUCACUGACAAGGACGAUCGGAUGUGGCAGAAAAUUCGCUCUACUCUCGCGAAAUUUGAGAACAUUCCAGACCAUAAAAUAUUGGGUUCAAAUGACGAGAGCCGGUGCGUCGUGGCUCUGCUAAUGGCACUCUGUCGACCACAAAUAUUAGACCGGCUGAAGACCACCAAGUUAUUCAGCCCGCCACCCCAGGAGGAACAAAGAUACCUCAAUAAGCAGCGAGCUCUCUUUGAGUCGCUCCGCGCGUUCAGCGUUGCUUCUUGGUGGAAUCGUACGUCAAUCAUCCAAGAAGUUAGCGUAGCUCGCGUGCUAUACUUUGUAUACAGGAGACAUCACAUUCCAUUUAAAUUUCUGCGAGGAUUUCUCGAAAUGGACGACAAUAUACACCAAUACCUGGCUGCAGAAAACUAG